UGUAGAAAGAAAGUGUAUUCAAAAGAAAACAAAACAUGGAAUACCGAAGAAAAUUUUUAACGGCGUUUGGUUUGAUUCUGUUACUGCUCGUUGGAAAAAUUUCAAUUUUUGACGAAGAAAAUGUAGAAAAGAGUCGGGUAGAAGAAACGAAAAUCAAGCCACUCACAUUUGAAGAUGACAUCUGUUCUCUUUACGAUAAUUCUCUUUUAUUUGAUUUUGUGCUUUUCGAAAGAAAGUACAAGCCGUUGGUAGUGAUUAUAGCAGAUAAAUUUAUUGACGGUAUAAACAGAGUCAGAAACUUGAACGGGAGCAAAAGAAUAUUAAAUGAUAAGGAAAUCAAGCACUACCCUUAUUACAGUCAGUUAUAUAAAAUUAUGUUGGAAAAUAUUUAUCUAUUUGAAGUCAACGACACAUAUUAUUUUAUUUAUCCAGUAGACUUUCAAGACCAUUUAUUGACCAUAUAUUCACAAAAGAAGUUACUGAAGGGCAAUUUAGGCAUAACCUUUGAUUUUGUUAAUGUAAAGAAAGAGUCUCCUUUCUAUGAAGAUAUUUUAAUUCCAUUGGAACCAAGCUGCACCAAUUGCGCUCUUGUAAAAUAUGUAAAUGAAAAACUACGAAAAGGUGAAAGCUUCUCGGAAUUAUUCGAGUUACGUAAACAAUUAUUCAGAGAAAAAAAAACAAAAAACUUAUCAUUUAAUGUAUUCGAUAAUGACAACAUUUGUGCUUCGAUGGGAUUCAACUUAAAUUCGAAAGGCGCGAGUUCUUUAUUGCGUUUUAACUCAUUACUGAAACAAAUUCAAACCAAUAGCAAGAGUGUUAAAGACAGUAAGAAAAAAAGUAUUGUAGAAAGAAGCUUAAUUUGCUUUCAGUCUAGAGAUUUGAAAAAGACAGAAGGUGAGUUUUUGAGAAGUAUUGCCAAUAAACAUUAUUUAAAAGAUAUUAUGGCUAUGAUUGAUUAUUUGAAUUGGAUCAAUAGCACUAUAUCUUCAUUGAAAAGCAAUGAUAAUUCAUUUGGCGGUCUUUGUGAAAAUGAACAUAAAAUAGAAAUAAUUAAAUUAUUCUGUUUUAUGAAGAAAAAAUCAGAUGUUACAUCACACAACGUGACAGCAUGGAUAGAUGCCCUAAAACAAAAUGUUGCAAAAACAUUGAAAAGCAAGCUAAAAUGGUUUAACAAGUUAAUAUAUUUGUAUAAAAAUGAAUAUACUAUGAGUAAAAAUGAAAUUGUCAGAGUACUCAAUUAUCUUAAACAGGAAACACUAAACGUAACUGUAGAUUGGAAAGAUGUAAUGACAAUUACCCAUGAGCAUGUUGAGGAUUCUUUGAGUGAAAUUACUAAUUACAACUAUAAAACUAAGUACAAUACAAUCUGUACUAUUUACGAACAUUGGAAAACAAUUGAUAAUCUACUUCUUGAGAUGAAAUUCAAGAAAUUAGUGAUAAUCGUAGUAGAUGACAUGAAACAAGGGAUCAGAAUUGCUAAACAAAUAAGAGCUAGUAGAGUAGUACCAAAAGUAAAGCGAGAAGAUCUUUAUUAUACAGAACAAUUUUUGUACGAUACAAUAAUGAAACAUAUCUAUUUGGUUCAAUUAAAUAAUAUUCAUUAUUAUGUCUACCCAAUGACUACCAACAGACAUCGCGAUUCAUUGAUUAGCUACGUUGAAUACAAGAUGAUUAGUGAUUAUUCUAAAGUUGUAUAUUAUUUUGUAAACUUUAAGAAUUAUUUUUCUCUUGGUGAACGAAUUGGUCACGAUUACAAUGAUUCAGUAAUUCCUGAUCUACCAGAUUUUUGUAACACAACUUCAGAAAAAUGUAAAACGCGCUUUAUUAAUCCCUCAUAUUUAAUUGAUCUCCAUCAAAAAUUUUAUUACAACUUUCCACAUUAUUUACCAUUCUUUGUUACUUUUCACAAUAAUUUGACAGAAUUUAUAAAUAAUAACUACUCACAUUAUAAAAACGAAUAUUACCCGUAUAUCUCUCAGCAAUUUUAUGACUUUGUGAAACAACAACAAAUUUCUUAUGACACAAACUAUUUAUUUACUGAUUUGUCGUGCUUAUCUUCGAGAAAAUUAAAUAAUAGAACCGAUAUAGAUUUCAGUAUGACUAAUUUAGUUGACAUUAUGUACUUCCAUGAUUUUAUAUAUUAUGCUUAUAGCAACAUUACAUCAAUAAAUGAUACGGAUAAUACGAAUUUAUAUUCUCUUUGUAGUAAUAGAGAAAUUUUUAAAUUUCUCAAAUUCUUUUGCUUUUUAAAAAUAAAUUAUAUUCAUGAUAUGCUAAAAGUUACUGAUCAGAAAUCUGUUCAUGUUUCCAAUAUGAAAAGUAUUGUUAACAAUGAAAAAAAUCUUAUUACGAAAUAUUUGAAAAACACAAGUGUUUGGCUUCAUAAAUUAUUUUUAAUGCAAUUUAAUGAUUAUAAAUAUAAUGAGACUCUAAUUUUUGUAAAAUCAGACGCUCUUUAUUCCGUAAUACCAAAAAUUACCUCAAAUGGUGCUGAUUUGUCAAACAAAAUCUACUCAAUUUUAAAGAAGAAUAAGAUUUCUUUGCAAUGUACUAUCCUAAGAAAUAUUACAGAAAAUCCUAUGAACACCCUAGUCAUAUCCGGAAAUUAAGAUAUCUCCAGGAUGUUCACAAUAUAUUCAAGGACUUCUCUGGGAUAUCCUACCGAUAUCAUAAUUUCCGGAUAUCCACAGGAGGUAUUUUGCAAUUUACUCAAAUUAUUGUUGUUGUUGUUGUUGUCUUGUACCCAAUUAACAUGUAUUUUUCUACAUUAAAAUUAUAGUAAAAAGUUGCCCACUAGGGGUUAGUGGAAAUUUGUACUAAUUUUAAUUAGUA